UAUGAUCACAGAGAACUAACACAAUGUUUAAUAUUCACAUAUUGCACUGGUCAAUUUCUUUUGACAAUCAUCAGCAUUGACGGGUGUUUGGCACUCUUCUUCCCAAUUUGGCAUCGAUGUCAUCAGCCCUCAUACCUGUCCACUACACUCUGUGCCUUUUCAUGGAUAGCCUCUCCACUCCUCUCUUCCCCUCAUUCAACCACAUUUUCACAUGUUACCUCAGUUUGUGUCCCACUUAUGGUGGCCUCCAGCUUGGCCCCCUUCAUCAAAGGCUACCUUAAAUCCCAAAUGAAGAGGCAAAGAAAACUUCUCAAAGCCAUCUUGCUUGCCCUCUUUUUCUUCCUUAUUUGUUCCAUUCCACCGUGUGUCAUUUAUCUGAAAGAUGUUCUUUUCAAACAUAUAAUUGAAAGGUAUGGAAAUUUAAUCACAUGUGGCUACCUCUGUCCCUGUCUUAACAGCAGCGUUAACCCACUGAUCUAUUUUCUGCUGGGGAGAAAGAAGGAAUAUAACACUAUGUGCAACCUAAAAGUUAACCUUCAGAGACUUUUCAAAGAGGAAGAAGAAAGUGAAGAGCAACCAGGUGUGAUGUACUCAUGA